AUGUCGGACAGAGACUCCUCUCGAGCAGCGGACUCCCUGAAGAGGCGAGGAACGCUGUCGGAUUUUCGGAUCGUCGCCGGGUUGCACCUCCUCCUGGCUCUGGCGAGCUCGACAGAAGUUUGGGGCAACUCCUCGAAGACGAGCCUCGAGAUCGCGAGGGUGCUGUCGAGGCAGAAGAGGUACCUGAUCUUCCCUCGAGGUAGCAACGUGCAGCUGGUAUACUGUCUGACGAUCGCAGCAUUCCCACGGGACGGCGACCUGGUGCUGGGUCUGACAGCAGCCCUGGCCUGGGAGCUGCCCUCCGAGGUCGACCCCGGGUCACCCACGUCCCUGAAGAGGCGGAGCAGGAGCGUCCUGUUCCCGAAAAUCGAGGCUUUCCUGCAGGCAGCCGGCCUCGACGGAAGGUCUUGCCUGAUGAAGGCCCUUUGUGAAGCAGACCGCCGAGACGAGGCGGAAAUUGGGAGCGGUACCUUUCUCCAGGAACUGCUACACGCGGUCUUCGCCUUGCCGAAGGACGGAGGGAAGUUCGAAAGUCCCGAGCACCGGGUUUACGAUUAUGCGCACGAGACAAAGGAGAACUGUGCGGCGCAAUAUCGGACAUGCGAGCAUUCCAUUUACAAGGUGGACCUUUAG